ACUCACUGAGCGGCUCAGAGAGACUGAGCACCAUGGAGCUGUGUGGAUGCUGCCUCUGUUACCACUGUAACCCCUGGAGCUGAAAUUGAAUAGUGUAUCUGUAGCUAUUAAAGCUCACCUGUGAGAUUGUACUGCAGAAUGUUACAUUAAUAUAGGAUCCAAUAGAACCCACAGACUGACGUUUGAACUGGAGAGAGGUGGAUUAGAGAGGAAGAAAGAAGAGUUGUAAAAGAGGAGAGAAGUGUUUGCGCGAUGGGCAGCACAGUGACAGCCUGGUGGGUCAUGGUAGAGGUUGCCUGCAGGAUUCUGGGUAUUUCUACGUCAGCAGUGCUUUGUGUUGUAGGAGUGGAGACGUUAAAACAGGGGAAGUUCCACAGUCUGGCCAUCUACCUGCUGGUGUCUGGGGCAGGUAUGAUGGUGUUUGAGGUAGCCUACUUCCUAGAUGCCCUCCUGCAGAUGUGUCUGCCUUUCCCUCCAGGGUGGCGUGUGUUUGUGUUGUGGGGAAAGAUGGCUCGUCUUGGAGGCUUUCAGAAGUUCCUCUACUACUCCAUGAUGUCAGUGGUGUGUUUCCUUCACCCUGUGUUAGUGUGGCAUGCUGUUAUACCAGGCAUCAUGCUCCUGGUCACAGCCUUCUUCAACUUCAUCCUCAGCAAAAAUACCGAAACAGUGUCCCCUAAAGACUUGGAGGACAAUGUAGGGAUAACGUCUGUGUGUGUGUCUGAGAGAGGAGGAACAGAACAUACCUUCUCUUUCCUCAACAUGGCAAUGGGCAGGAGAGAGACAGGGCUGGCCUUCGUACCCAGGGAGAGUGGCUUGGGAGUGGGGGAGAGAGGAGAGAGCAGUCGGGCCAUGCUGGAGGUAGAGAUGGAGCAGCCAGGGUCAGAGCUAGAGCGAGUGAGGAACGGAGGAGAGAGGAGGAAAGAGAAGAAAAGACAUGUGCAUUUCCAGAACAGUGCUACAGAGGAGACAGAAAUGGAGGAGUACCAUGACUUUGAACCAGAGACCACCUCGGACACCACUCCUAUGAUCACUAACUGAACAUUACACUACUGUUAUUCAUUGAAGGCCCAGGACAAUAUGGUGGGGAAUAGAGACUGAGCUCCAUUAACAUCAGCAGAGCUGGGGCACAGUGGAGAAGAUGGCCAAAUACCGCCAGAAGUGGAGAACCUUGUUGGUGGGGAGGAGUGGAUGAGUGAGUGUGUGACGCUACAGAAGCAAUACAGUUGGGGGUCAGCUGGAGCAGGGCUUGAACCAGGGACCUCCUCAGACACCGCACAUGUGAUCACUGACUGAAUAUUACACUACUAUAGCAAUGCAGGGGGACAGUUGGAGUGAGGUUUGAACCAGGGACCUUGAGGUUAAAGGUGAAUUGUGGUGGUGGUGACUAACUUCUGGAUACUGAUUCUCAUCAGUCAAUGACUCAAUGCCAAAUAAUGCAUAUAAUCAAUGUUCUAUAUACUAUAGGAGAGUUAACUCAUUGAAAACAGACUGACUUGUUUGCUUGCCCACUUCUUUUUUAGAUUGAACACAUUUCAGUUAGCUAAUGGUAAUAUAAAGAUCAGAAUCACUGGUUUUGUAUGAUACAGGUGUGGGCCCCACAUUCCACAAGCUGUAGGAGGGUCACACACACUACACAGACGUUUAGGAAAGGCUGCUGUUACUAACUGCUGAUCAUACAGUCUUAAGUUUGACUUAAUCUACUGUAUAUGAUGAAGAUGAUAAUGAUGACGAUGAUGAUGAUGGUGGUUUUAAUGAUGAUCAUAAUGAGGAUGGUGUUGAUGAUAAUUUAAAGUAAGGGUCUGAUUUUAAGAGAGGCAGUCCACUAAGGUGAAUGUAUAUACUGUAUGGAAUCUGUUUUAGCUGCACACAGAACAUGUAUAUAAUGUUUUGCACAUGUAGAAUGAUUUCUAUAGUAAUAAAACCCUUUGUACCGAC